UAGCUGCUGCCUGGACCGCUGGCCUCUUCUGCCCCAAAACCAUGUCCGUAGCUCUCCUGUGGCUGGGCUUCACCCUCCUGGGGGCCCUGCACACCCAGGCCCAGAGUUCUACCCCCAGACUGCUGCGGGCCCCACCUCUGUCCAAGAUCCCGCUGCAGCCCAACUUCCAGGCUGACCAGUUCCAGGGGAAGUGGUACGUCGUAGGCGUGGCGGGGAAUGCAAUUAAGAAGGAAGAGCAAGACCAGUUUAAGAUGUACACUUCCAACUACGAGCUAAAGGAAGACGGCAGCUACAACGUCACCUCCACCCUAUUAAGGGACGAGGGCUGUGACUACUGGAUCAGAACUUUUGUCCCGAGCUCCCGGCCUGGCCAGUUCACCCUUGGCAAUAUUAAGAGCUACCCCGGGAUAAGGAGCUACACUGUGCGGGUGGUGAACACCGACUACAACCAGUUUGCCAUAGUGUUCUUCAAGAAGGUUCAAAAGAAACAGGGGUACUUCAAGACCACCCUUUAUGGGAGGACCAAGGAGCUGACCCCUGAAGUGAAGGAGAACUUCAUCAACUUCGCCAAGUCCCUGCGCCUCACCGAUGACCACAUCGUCUUCACCGUCCCAAUUGACCGGUGCAUCGAUGACCAGUGAGCCUGCAGUGCCUCCAGUCUCUCUUUGCUCCCACCCGCCUCAUGCCAGCCUUUGCCUGGCCCAGCGCCCAGUUAACCCCCGCACCAGCCUGGACACCAGUGACAGGAGAGAGCCCAGAGACCCUUCUCCGGGUCUGCCCCACAGCAGCUCCUUGGGCUGCAGCCUGGAAGAUGCAGCCCCACCUUGCCUGCUAAAUAAACACAUGCCCCGCCCCCA